AUGGGAUUUACACCAAUGAUCUAUCCGUGCCUAUCAAUUAUGUCAUAUAACACUCUAGCUGAAUUGAAUUCGAUCAAUGGUACCUGGGAUAUAAUCAUUUCAGACAUAACAAUUACUUCGAAUCGUCUCUUAACGGUUGAUUUUUCAGUACCUAUUUAUGAAACUGCCAUUCGAGUCAUUGUUCGAGACAGUUCACCAAUUUCAGUGAAUUUCUUAUCGUAUCUUCGUCCAUUCUCCCUUGAAGUUUGGUUGUCAAUCAUUGGCAUAGUAAUAUAUUCUGGAUUACUUGUUUUUUUAUUCGAACGACGGACAAUUGAAGAAACACAAGAUUGUCGAGGACUUCGAGCGAUAAUUUUUGGUGUUUAUCAAGCACUGAGUACUGUCAUUGGUAUGGGCAGUGAUUUACCUUUGCGAACAAAAUCAAGUCGGAUAAUAGUUAUUGGAUUAUUCACAUUAAGUGUCCUUCUAGUGGCUACAUAUACGGCUAAUUUGUCGUCAUAUCUCACAUUACAACGUACUCAACCACCUAUAUCUGGCAUUGAUGAUAUCAAAAAUGGUCGUUUACGUUUUGAUCGCAUCGGAGUGCUAAGUAACUCGGCUAUUGAGGAAUUUUAUACAUCGUAUAUAUCUAACGAGUUCUAUCCUGUGAAAAGUGUACCUGAUAUUUAUACGCUUUUGCUCAAUAAUUACAUCGAUGCUGCGCUAGGAGAUGCACUAUCCAUUGAAUAUGCUGUUGAUCGACACUAUUGUGGUAAUCUAUCAGUGAUCGGUGUCGGUUUUGCUAAAUCAACAUACGGUAUUGUUAUGGCCAAAAACUGGCGAUACAAACUUGACCUUGAUGUAAACAUUGUUACAUUACGUGAAUCAGGCGAACUAGAAUCACUAGAGCAAAAAUGGUUUUCAAAACGAACAUGUAAUAAUAUUACAAAUGUCGAGAAGAUAUGGGAACGAGACGGAAUUUCAUUCACUGUAAUAGGCGGUCUCUUUAUUUCAUUUCUUAUCGUCAGUGCAAUUGCAAUUACACUUCAUUUGUAUGAUUUUCGAAUGGAAUUGGUGAAAAUUAUAAAACAAAGAUGGCUCUCAUGACACAAAUCGAAGGACAUUAAUCAAACAUUGUAACACUGUCGGAAUAUACACAUAAAAUUCAAAAUCGUUGUUUUUUUUCUAGAAAGAAAUCACAUUUUUCCAUAUUCAAGGGUGUAGGUGUAGUCUUUCUCCUACUCCACACCCACGCCUCACCCACAUCCACAUCUACACUCGCACCCACACCCACACUCCACAACCACAACCACAUCCACACCCACCCACACCCCACACCCCACACCCCACACCCCACACCCCACACCCCACACCCCACACCCCACACCCCACACCCCACACCC